UUCAUCAUCGCUCCCGGGAGCCGACUUAUAAGAACUUGACGCUCCCGCUGCCUGGCUCACUCGCAGCCUUGGAGGGAUUUCGGCACAGCCCGUGCGCACGGCGGGGCUGCGGGACGGGCCGGGCGGCGGAGGAAACCCACGCGUAACCCGACAAUUCCGGGCUCCCCGGGAAGCCGUGGCGAUGGGAGUCCACCCCGAGGUUGGCAAAUCCCCCGUUGACAUCCCCAAGAGCUCCGGCACCUGCUCCAGGAGUAUCUUCUGCAACAUCAAAGUGUUUGUGCUGUGCCAUGGGCUCCUCCAGCUCUCCCAGCUCCUCUACAGCGCCAACUUCAAGAGCAGCCUCACCACCAUCGAGAAGCGCUUUGGGCUCUCCAGCCUCUCCUCGGGUUUCAUCUCCAGCUUGCACGAGAUCGGCAACGUGGUGCUCAUCAUCUUCGUCAGCUACUUCGGCAGCCGAGUGCACCGCCCGCGCGUGAUCGGCGCCGGGGGGCUGCUGCUGGCGCUGGGGGCCUUCCUGGUGACCCUGCCCCACUUCCUGUCAGGCCCCUACGAGUACACUGCACUCAGCACUGGUAACAAAAGCCAGGGGCAGGUUGAGCUGUGCUAUGCAGAGAGUAGAUUUGUGUGCCCAAACACCACCCGGGACCCCCAGAAGGAGGCCAGCAGCAUGUGGGCCAUGAUGGUCAUCGCCCAGCUGCUGGCUGGGAUCGGGACCGUGCCCAUCCAGCCCUUCGGGAUAUCCUACGUGGACGACUUUGCAGAUGCCAACAAUUCCCCGCUGUAUGUUGCCAUCCUCUUUGCCAUUGCUGUGUUCGGCCCUGCCUUUGGAUACCUGCUGGGGUCCGUGGUGCUGCGGCUCUUCGUGGAUAUCGGAAGGGUUGACACUGUGGACCUGACGCCAGGUGACCAGCGGUGGAUCGGAGCAUGGUGGCUGGGGCUGCUCAUCUCCUCGGGCUGCUUGGUGCUCACCUCCAUCCCUUACUUCUUCUUCCCUCGGUACAUGGUGAAAGGACAGGAGCGGAACACGGAGGCCGGCAUGCUCAGGAAGAUGGAGACAGGGGCUGCUGAAGAGACCUCCCUGCUACAGUUUAUAAAAAGAUUCCCAAAGAUCUUCCUCAGGCUGCUGCUCAACCCCCUCUUCAUCCUCCUGGUGCUGGCUCAGUGCAGCUUCUCCUCCGUCAUUGCGGGUCUGGCCACCUUCCUCAACAAAUUCCUGGAGAAGCAGUACGGUGCUUCCCCCUCCCAGGCCAACUUCCUCAUAGGAGCUGUCAACCUCCCGGCGGCGGCACUCGGGAUGCUGCUGGGAGGGAUCAUCAUGAAGCGCUUCUCCUUCUCCCUGCGUGCCAUCCCGCGCUUCGCCGUGGUCGUGCUCGUCUUCUCCAUCCUCCUCUGCCUGCCCCUUUUCUUCAUGGGCUGCUCCACAGGGCACAUCGAGGGCAUCUACCACCCCAGUACACCCAAUUCCCAGCAGCAGCUCAAGGCACGGGUUGGGUGCCAAUGCUCUAAGCAGAUCUUCCACCCUGUGUGCCGGAAAAACACCACGGAAUACAUCUCACCCUGCUUCGCUGGCUGCACCAACAGCACCACCAACCCCUCCAAUCCCAAACAGCUGAUCUACCACAACUGUUCCCUGAAUUGGAAUGAGCUGUUCUCCACCUACACGGGCUCUUGUCCAGUCAGCUGCUCCCAUAUGCUCCUUCCUGCCAUAUUCCUCAUCUCCUUUGCUGCCCUGGUCGCCUGCCUGUCCCACAACCCCCUGUACAUGAUGGUGUUACGGGUGGUGAACCAGGAUGAGAAGUCAUUCGCCAUCGGAGUCCAGUUCUUACUAAUGAGACUGCUGGCCUGGCUGCCGGCCCCAGCCAUGUUCGGAGCUCUCAUCGACUCCUCCUGCAUCUACUGGCAGCAGCAGUGCAGCCAGCGCCGCUUCUGUGCCUACUACAACAACGAUUUCCUCCGAAACAGAUACCUGGGGCUGCAGGUGGGCUACAAGGUGGUGGGCACCGUGCUGCUCGCCUUCAUCAGCUGGAAGGUGAAGAGGAGCAAGGAGUACAACGUGCAGGAGAAGGCAGCGGGGCUAGUGUAGCCCCCGAGGACUGACUCGCACCCCCACCACCCACCGCCACUACUUUGUCUUGUUCGGGUUUGUUUUAUUCCCCGCGGGAGCGCCUCUCCCACAGCUCGGAGGGAUGCUCCGGGCCAGCCCCAUCCUGGGAAUGGCAGCUCCCAGGGGCUCCAGCUGCGCUUGCCAUGACCUGGGGAGGAGCAGCCCCCGGCCAGCUGGAGCAGGAGGCAGAGGGGGCUGGAACACAGGGACCCGGAGAAGUGCCUGCUGUGCGCCACGGUCCCGCUCCGCUGUGACAUUCCCGGCCGGUGUGACAUUCCCGGCUGCGACAGGAGCAGGAGAGGUGGCUGCCAGCCCGGUGUCCCCCACCCACAGCCCCCGCAGAGGGCAGCAGGGACACCGCACACGUGUUGGGACAAGUCAGCACAAAGGGUUUAUUGCAGAAUAUCUGGGGCUUGUUGCUCUUUUUAUUUUUUAAAUAAAGGUCACUUUUCCAACUGCUGCGCUUUCUUGGUCUCCCCUCCUCCCCACCAACAAGACAAGGCCUCGGGAGGCUGCAGGUCACAGCCUGGCCCAUGCUGAGCACAUUCCAGCUGGGAAAGGGGAAGAAAUGGUGGCAGAGGGGGACAUUCUUCUGCAGCUCCAGCGAUGGAGGAUGAGGGAGGGCUGGUAGGGACUACGAAGAGCUCGGGGCCCAGCCUGCAGCCCCAUGGAACCCAGCCGGCCCUGCCUACAUCUCCCUGAUGGGCAGGGGCUGCAGGCAGAGAAGGUUCUGACCUGAGGUUCUCAUCCUGAAUAGGUUUAUUGGCACAGAUCUGGUAUUUGGUUGCUUGAGCAAGUGCCUCAGAGGAGGGACCAUGAACAAAGAAAUGCCCGGCAAUUAAAAAGUUUCAUUCCCCCUCCCUCACACCACAGUCCUGAGCAAGAGCCAGAACAGGGCCUGGGGUCCUUCUCACCCUUCACUUGCUGUUUUGGUUGUUUCACACCCCUCAGGUGGGUUUUGGUGAGGGUUUGGUGGGUUCUGUCAGUCCACACUCUGAUGGAACACAGACCACAAUCUGUUCCAGCAUUUUAAAGUAAUAUUUUAACUGCAGCUCUACCUAUUCUAAUUAUUAUUAAUGAUCUCUACUAUUAUUAUUGAUCAGACUGUCAGUUCCAGGUUUCCUUCUGAUCCAUCUCUGCCUGACACAGCACAGCUUAGGGUUCACACCAAGUUCAACCCAUGGCCUAACAAGUCCAGCUAGUUAUGUCAAGCAUUGAGCUACUUAAAAAUCUUGUCAUUUUUUUAAUGCAGUGGGCUCUGGGCAGGGUACAGUGGAUUUGGGGCUUUCUUUCAGGGGUUUUAUAUGGGUUGAAUGUAUUUAGGCCCUGCUGUCCCUACCCCAUGCCUUUUCCCUGUACUCUUGGCCCUGCUGCAUCCAUGGGAGUAGAGUGAAAGGACAGGAGGGGACUUGCCCUGGAUUUGCUCUGGAUCACCAAAGUCUUACAAAAAAAGAGCUCUCUCCAUGUUAUCCCUACUCCUGUUCCACCUCCACCUGGCAGAUUUUCCCUGAAUACCCACCUGACCUUCUCUAAGUUUCUCCACUUCUCUUGUACCAGGGGUAACACCCAAGCAGGACAAGAGCCCCAGGAGGGGCUGGUACAAAGUGCAUGAGGUGGCCCAAACGGGGCCAACAGAAGCCCCAGGCCCCAGAGGUGUCAGGGUGGUGGCACAAGGAAGGUCACAGCUGGAACACCUGCUUCAGGGAGCCUUGGAAACCACCCCUUUGGAUGCUGAUGUCCAGGCACUGUUAUCUUGGCUCUUCUUUGCCUUUCAGCAAUCUCUCCUCCUCUUUCAGGUUUUCUGCUAUCCCAGUUAUCACUGUGCUCAUCCUUCUCCUCCAGAAACAUCUGCCUUUUCUAGGGGAACCAUUUGGAGUACAAUCCAUAGGAAACACAUUGACCAGAAGAGCUUUAGCACAGUGAGGGCCUCAGUCCCUGGGAAUGUGUGAAUGCAGCGAGUUCCCAACUCAGGGUCAGGCAGCUGGAGCAAGAAGGGGCUGAGUUUAUCACAUCCCACUGUCCUGCCAAAGCCACCCCAACACAGCCCUGCCAAGCUGCAGCCUCAGGAGCAGCACUCCUGGCCAGCAGAGCCACGGGCUGGGAACAAGGUCAGAAGAGCAAAGAACAAAGCACAGAGCUGACUGGGGAAUAAAGAAAAACGAGAAAACAACACUCAGAGUUUCCAGUUCUGCUGUUUUCCCUCAGCCACUGAGGAAAAAUAGCCCUGAAUAUUGAAAUAUUUAAAAAAUCAUGGAGUGAGGGCCAAAAAACUCCUGGAGUUCUGCUCUGUGCUCCGGCACGAGCGGCUCUGGGCACAGCCCCAGCUCAGCCGUGGCUGUGCAGCCACUCCCCAGCCCAGAAAAGCUGAGGCACCCCAUCUUCAUCCAGCAAAGCCACAGGGUGCCACAGCCACCUCCAGGGCAGAACAGCACUGCUCUGUCACCACAGCCACCACAGCUGGCUGGAGCUUUCCUGUGCACAUCACCAAAGUACCUUGCAAUUAUGAUUUGUGGGCGGUUUUUUGCUAUGUGAUUAUCAAGUUCUCUAUUAGUCAGACCAAGGAGUAAAUACAAAACCAAAAAAAAAAAAAAAAAAAAAAAA